AUGGUUCACAAUCUGGAUCAGGACGAGAUGAUUAUGGAGGUCAUGGACAACGCACCUUCGAGUUGGAACAAUAUCUUGACGACCACUCUUUACCCUGAUCUUCGUUCAUUCCAGUCGGCAAUCCGCUACCAUGAGGACGCACUGAUGGAUGCUUCAGCUCCUGCACGAAGCACCGAUAAUCAUUACGAACCUCGUCGGUCGGGGAGCAAGCCGCGCCCUCAGCCCUCCGCUCGAGUACACCUUGUGGGAGCAUCUAAGGACUUGCCGCCCCCUCGCUUCGCGCCGGACAACACGAAUGUGUCCAAGGUAACGCCGAAGGACAAGGGCGCUCGUAAUUGCCGCCAUUGUGAUAGUCCCUUUCACUGGGAUAAGGAAUGUAAGCAUGCACGUAAGGGAAUGAAGACGGCGCGUACCCGAUUGGCAGAAGCCUCUAAAGACCAUCUCGAAGCGGAGGACGAGUACGACGAGCUCUAUUGUAGUACCUUGAUUUUAAAGGGGCCCUCCAGGUAG